GGAGACUCCCGAUGGGCCUCCAAGCGGCUGGGCAGCAGCUCUCGAGCACCGAGCCGCCGGCUGCGCGGGCGGCAUGGAGCGGCGAAGCCGGGGGCUCCUGCUGGCUUUCGUGCUCCUGGCCACGGCGGCGCCUGAAGGCGGCGCGCAGUAUGAGAAGUACAGCUUCCGCGGCUUCCCCGAAGCCGAGCUGAUGCCUCUGCAGAGCGCCUACGCUUACGCGCUGGAGCAGUACGAGGCCGAGAACUGGCGGGAGAGCGUCCGCUACCUGGAGGCGAGCCUGCGCCUCCAUCGCCUGCUCCGGGACAGCGAGGCGCACUGCCACAAGGAGUGCGCCGCCAGCGAGAAGUUUGGAGAGGGUGCCGUUUUUGGAGAGCCUGCAGAGGGCGUCCAGGGCACCCCGGCGCAUGGAGAAGACGAGAAAGGCGCCGCCGCUGCUGCUGCGCUCGGCGAGGGCGCACGGCCCGGCGCGGAGUUUGGAGAGCCGGCCGGGGGCGCGGCGGAUGAGUGGCGCCGGGAGAUGGAGCUUUUCGGGCUCGUCCUGCAGCGCGCCUCGUGCCUGCGGAGGUGCAAGCGCAGCCUGCCCGCCUUCCAGCUCAGCUACCCGCCCGCAGACACGCUGCGCGACUUCCAGCGCCGCACCCCUUACCAGUACCUGCACUACGCGCUCUUCAAGGUGAGCUAAUGGGGAGCGCGCGCAGGGGGACGUCUCGAGGCUUCCUUGGAAACCAUGUCAAUUAAUUGCGUUUCAAUCAAAAUAUUAGUUAAUUAAAAUCACUUCUAAACAGAACAACAUCUAAGCGAUAUACAAAAAUAAUACUCAAAGCAUAUGGUAGACAGUCUGGGUAGCUCACUUGGUUUGGGCACAGGGCUGAUAAUGCCAUGGUUUCAGGUUCGAUCCUCCCGUAUGGGACAGCUGUAUAUUCCUGCAUUGCAGAGGGUUGGAUGAUCCCCAAGAUCCCUUCCAGCCCUACAAUUCUAUGCUCUAAAUAUUGUAAGCCAUGGGUAGGCAAACUAAGGCCCGGGGGACAGAUCCGGCCCAAUCGCCUUCUAAAUCCGGCCCAUGGACUGUCCAGGAAUCAGCGUGUUUUUACAUGAGUAGAAUGUGUCCUUUUAUUUAAGAUGCAUCUCUGGGUUAUUUGUAGGGCAUAGGAAUUUCUCCCCCCCCCCCAAAAAAAAAUAUAUAGUCUGGCCCCCCAAAAGAUUUGAGGGACAAUGGACCGGCACCCUGCUGAAAAAGUUUGCUGACCCCUGUUGUAAGCAUUGUAAGAAGUAUUGAUGGUCCCCAGAGGUGGUUGACUGUCUGGUGUGUUUUAGUAAAAGCAGAGGCAGGACAUCUGUUUUCAGUGGGCAGAUCUUACCCCUGAAAUAUAGGAAAGAAGAACUGACUGGAAUAGUCCUGAGAUGAAACAAUGCACCUUUCUUUCCCUGUUGGCUACAGAGAGUUCCCAACCAUCAGAUAUUAGGCAGAAAAAGUUUCUAGACAAAGGGAGUUCUUUCCAGAUGUGGGUUUUCACAUCUCUUCCUCUGGAGACAAUGCAUUUCAUUAAAAGAUGCCACCACACAGGAUCUAAGGGCCUUCUCAGUACUCUUGUGUUCCCAGAACCCCUUCAAUAUUUCUAAGAGCAAAAUAAGCUCCUGUUCGGCCUCCAGGUUUGCACCGGAGCCUCUUUCUCAGCUAAUGUUUCCAUAGCUUCUUCGGAUCUGGGGUUCAGAGUGACCAGUAGAAAACAUCCAAGGCGUGUUACUUCUGCCGGCCCCUUCAAUGCACAUCAGGGAGCCUUAUCUAUGGGUUGCUUCUCAUAUUAUGGCCUUCCUUCACGCGCUCCAACCAACUGAGCUAUCCAGCUUUCAGGGAAGGUACUUUCUGCUCUGCAAAGAUACUGAAUCCUGCAUGUGGAAAGGUUACUGUGUCAAGGAACUAUAGCCAGUUCCUGUCCCCUGAAUGAAAAACUCACUUGUGUGAUUUGUUUCAUGUAGAUUCCCCGCCCAGAGCACCAUACUUCAUGGUCUUCGCAGGCUAUGAUUCCUCAACACGUGUUCACACACUGCCUAAUGAAUAAUCAUUAUGUGUUACAAUGUAACAGUACAGGCUCACAGUACAGUGGUACCUUGGUUCCCAAACGGCUUAGUGGUUGAACAAAUCGGCUCCUGAACACUGCAAACCCAGAAGUAGGUGUUUUGGUUUAUGAACCUUUUCGGAAGCCAAACCUCCGACGCGGCUUCUGCUCGAGUGCAGGAAGCUCCUGCAGCCAAUUGGAAGCCACGCCUUGGUUUUCGAACUGUUUCAGGAGUCGAACAGACUCCUGGAACAGAUUAAGUUCGAGAACCAAGGUACCGCUGUACAGUAUUUCUAAUGUGGAAGUUCAAGAUGUGUGCUGUUUCCCUCUCAAGACAUUCCUUUGCUUGGGGCCCUUUGAGCAAGUCAAGAGCGAGAGACAGACCUGCCUCAAGCAAGCCCCCCACCCCCAACAAGCCCCACUGCUCUCAGCACUCCCAAGUCAUCCUUCAUUCAAGUUUCGUACGUAUCCCGUUCAAAGCCCACGUCACUUGGUAUUAGCGUGAAACAGUCACUUCCUCUGACAGCCUUCCAUUUGGGAGGCUUCGCAACAGCCUCCGACGUGACAAUCUGCAGAUGAGGAGUUUGUGCUUUCUGUGCUGGGAUUUUUGUGAACUGUUGAACAGUGUGCUGUGUGCAUCUUAUUCCCCAUCCCUGCCUUUCCAAACCCGAAAGGUGCUACAUUGCCAGUGAGGAAACUGUUCACUUCCUCCUUUUCUUUGCCUCUUUUUCCUUCUCCCGGCACUCCCAGGACCCUUUCCCUUUUAAGUAGCUUAAUCCAGACAGCCUGGCUCUUUAAAUCUGGGCCUCCAGGAGGAGCGUUAGAUGAGCAAAGCAGUGCCUUUUGCCAGCAGCUUCUGGUCUCUCCUCCCCUUCUCUUUCUCCCCCCACCCCGCAAAUCUCCUUCACCAAUGAGGUAGCCUCCCCUGGCUUUCCUGGACCAGAGGCAUUUCAGAUGCCACGUCCCACAGCUUUCAGACUCCUGGAGGAGGUGGACACAGUUGCGGCGAGAUGAUCAGAUUCACUUCUGAUCUUCCCUGGACUUCUUGUUCCUUGGCUGUCUCUUUUGGUGGAGUUUUCAGGCUGUUUAACCCUUUGUCUGUGUACCAAAGUGAUGCUGGGAAAGCGGCUAGAUUUUUGGGAAGAUGCCAGAUUUUGGUGUAUUUUUGGGUGUGCUCUUGCAAUGUACAUCACAUGAUCUAGAGCAGGGGUCAGCAAACUUUUUCAGCAGGGGGCCGAUCCACUCUCCUUCAGACCUUGUGGGGGGCCAGACUAUAUUUGGGGGGGGGGAAUGAAUGAAUUCUUAUGCCCCACAAAUAAGCCAGAGAUGCAUUUUAAAUAAAAGCACACAUUCUACUCAUGUAAAAACACGCUGAUUCCCCGACCAUCCGCGGGCUGGAUUGAGAAGGCGAUUGGGCCGGAUCCAUCCCCUGGGCCUUAGUUUGCCUACCCAUGGUCUAGAGGAGCCUGGAGGUGUGGUGGGCUGGUUUCAGGAGGGCAGUAGGCCUCAUUGUGGGUUGCUGGGGGGGGGGGUUUCCACACUCUCUCCUAUCCAGGUUCUCCAGCACCUGCUGGAAAACACACAGACGGAGCGGGUGGGUGUUGGAUUGUGUUUCUCUUGCCUAGUAUUAGAAAUUAGUGACUGGCGCAGGUCCAUUUGAGACCCCGUGGAAAUCUUUGGAUGCCAGGUUAGCAGCUGACAGCUCCAUCUAGCUGGCCUCUCCAGCUCUCUUAAGCAAGUAAGCGGAAGAGCUUAUUUAUUGCAUUUAUAUCCCACCAUUUUCUCCAAGGUGUGCAUGGUUCAACCUGCCCCCCUCAGUUAAUCUCUACAAUGACCCUGCGAGGUAGGUUCAGCUAAGAGGCAAUGACUGGCCCAAGGUCACCCAGUGAGCUUCAUGACUUGAGUGGGGAUUUGAACCCUGAUCUCCUAGGUUCUGGUCUGACACGCUAACCACUACACCACACUGGCUUCCUAGAGUAGUUCUGCUAUGGGGCAGCUAUAUAAAGUAAGUAGGUGAAUAAAUAUGGUGAGCAAAAGGAAAAGGCUCUGAAUUAUUUUCUUCUUUGAAGCUUGAAUUUGUUUUAUUCUGGAUUGUUUUAUUUGAGGUUUUAAUGUGUUGUAAACUGCUUUGAGAUUUUUUUCCUUUAAAAUAUAAAGUGGUAUAGAAAAUCAUCAUUAUCAUCAUCACAAUGCAAAAAAGGUGCCUAGGCAUUCUGCUGUGGCGACCGCAACCUAGGUUUAUUUAUUUUUUAAAAUAAUUUUUAUUUGGUUUUACAAAUUCAUUCACACAACUGAAAUUCUUGUGGAUAUUAAUAUUAAAACAAGAUUCUUCCGAAUCUUAGGACUUCCCCCCUCCAUUCCAUGGGUUCUUUCAAUACCUUUGUCAACUGCAUAUUAUAAAUUCAUCCAAAUUACAUUCCCCCAUAGUCUUUGUAACACUGAAAGGGUUAUUUAAAGCCUGCCAAAGAGUUAAAGUGUUUACAGUGUUCUUUUAAAUACAAUCUAUAUUUGUCCCAUUCUCUGUUGAAGUUUCGAUCCUCCUGAUUUCUGAUUUUCCCUUUCAGUCUUGCCAUCUCUUCACAGUCCAUUCAUUUCAUCUGCCGGUCCACCUUCGUAGGCAUCUUGUCACCUUUCCAACUCUGGGGAAGCAGCAUCCUUGCAGCUCUAGUAGUGUACAUGAACAGUCUUUUCAAUUCCUUUUCAAGGAACCGAAGGAAGGCAACCUAGGUUUAAGGUGCCAUUUGGCAAUUAGCUUAUAUAUCUGAGUUUCUAGCACUGCUCUCGCCUCUUUGCUGCUGACCUUUGGGAAGGACUGUAGCUCAGGGAUUUGCAUGCAGAAGGUCCUGGGUUUCUGGCAUCUCAAGGUGGGACCUCCUAGAUGCAUAGCUUUCACCCACGACCCUUCUGAUUCAAAUUAAGCCCCUUCUGCUAUCCACCCGCAAAGUGUAUUCAGAUGCCCCAUGGAGAGGAAACUGUUGGAAGGGCAGGGUACUGUGGAUGGGGCCCCUUCUCCAUUGUAUUCCCGGCCUCAUUGCCAGUACAGUCGUUGACCUUGGGAGUCAAACGGAAUCCAUUCCGGAAGUCCAUUCAACUUCCAAAAUGUUCGGAAACCAAAGCACGGCUUCUGAUUGGCUGCAGGAAGCUCCCGCAGCCGAUCGGAAGCCCCGUAGGACAUUCGGCUUCCAAAAAUAGUUCGCAAACCGGAACAGUCACUUCUGGGUUUGCAGCAUUCAGGAGCCAAAACAUUCGAGAACUAAGCUGUUUGAAAACCAGGGUAUGGCUGUAUUGUCAAGAAGUCCAUGCAGGUGCAAAUGGGACUUUUUAAAACCAGGUCGUAUAUGGCCUUUGUAAAGUCAGCUUCACUACUAUUGGAAAGAACUUAGGUUUUUAAUAUUUUACUUUUUUUUAAAAAAAAAGCCAGUUUCUAGACCUCAUUAGAAACUUCCUCUCGCUCAAAAAAAAACUUGCACCAGAAAAUUUGCAGAGAUACAUUUUUUAAAAAGAAAAUGCGAGGGCAGAAUUGGCUAAAGAGAGGGCUGUUUUAGACAGGUGAGGGCAAAAGAAAAGAAAAAGGUUUUGAAAAUCCGCAUGUCUCUUCCCGGUGCCACCAAAUGGCCUGGAGAAGAAUCCAAGAAAACCAGCAGAGAUAGUAGGUUGUCCCUGUGCUUUUCUGCACCCUGAAUACAGUAGCUCCUUUCUUCCGUCUGGAACAGAUGAGAUGCUCCCAGUGGUGAGCCUUCCUUCCCACGUCACCAUCCUGGCAUUUGACACCAUGAUGAGAACAGCAGACAUGAAUGGGAGUUAGUGGAACUUUUCAGAUGAGAGAGAGAGAGAGAGAGAAUGCAACUGUUGGUGGCAAAUGUGUUUUUUAACUUCAAGUGUUGGCACUGGAUGGCAGGCUGGCAGUUCUGUGCUGCUGACUCAGGGGCUUUUAGUUUAAUGGGUAUGGAAGUCUGCUUUUUAAAACUCCCAGAUUGUAGGGAUUGCUUUCCUCUGAGCACAUAGGUAUGCAAGCCAUUAUCUCUUUUUCUGUAACUUAUUUUUUUAUGUUGUGUCUCAGGUUUCACCGUCCUUUUAUUCGCCUGCAUGAUCUCAGAGGGGACACUUUUGUUCCAGAUAAUGGCUCUGCUAUGUGAUCACACUCCAUUAGUAUUUCAUGAAGAGCAUAACAUUCUUUCUUUUUUCCCCCUCUUCCCCUGCCCAAGAAGAAAAGAGCCCAUUUCUAGGCUGUAAGAUGCAAACCAAGACAUUGCUUGGUACAGGUGUACCUCAUCUCCCGAACACCUUGGGAGUCGAAUGUUCUGGCUCCCGAAUGCCGCAAACCCGGAAGUGAGUGUUCCGGUUUUCGAACGUUCUUUUGGAAGCCAAACCUCUAACGGGGCUUCCGCUGCUUCCAGUUGGCUGCAGGAACUUCCUGCAGCCAGUCAGAAGCUACACUUUGGUUUCCAAAUGUUUCAGAAGUCAAAUGGACUUCCAGAACAGAUUCUGUUCAAUUUCCAAGCUACGACUAUAUUUGCUUCUAGACCAAAAACAGCCCGACCUCCCCUUCAGAAAGGAAUGGAGAUUGGUUGUGUUCUGAAGCUAGCAACAAUAUUUUGUAUGGAAAAAAUAAAAAGGGGACCAAUUGUUUCAAAAACAUUUAGGUAAAUUUCAGAAAAAUAAGGAUCUGGGGCAAUGCAAUCCCACAAGUGCACACAUAAUCCCUUACAGUCUGUGCUUGUUUCAAAGAGGGUGCAAACUGCGUAAUAUUUAGUGAAAAUUUUCAAAAGUUUGUUCCAGUCCCUAGUCUUGAGAACCACAAUUGCCUUUGCAUAGGUCAUGCCAGCAGGGACUGAUGGGAGCUGGAAUCCAAUAACAUCUGGAGGGCCUUAAACCAUAUGUCUUCAGGUGGUAGGUUAGCACCUUUCGCUGAAUGACGACCUGGUCUAAUCCUGAUCGCAACAACAGCAUUUUAUCUUUUAAGAUAAUCUUUAUUGAUUUUAUGAUUACAUAUUAUACAUAUACACCUUACUUUACAUUUACAUUUACUCCUAAGAGUUGACUUCCCUCCUUCCUUCUUCUGGCUUUUUUAUGUCGUCUCUAAGUUUUUCGCAUUGUCUUUAUCGAUUUUGUAUAUUGUUCUUCUUUCAACUUUAUCCGUACAGUGUCAAUAUACAAAUAAAUCUUUCUGUAUAUACACGUCUUGUUGUUUGUCUAUAUUCAUUUACAGAUACAAUUAGUUACCUUGAUUGUAUUUUACAUUUUAGUUCAUAUUGUCAUUUAGCAUCCAAUAAAGUUUCUUUUAAUUUCCCGUUAUGACAUUUAUUUCCAUUCUACUGAUUUCACUAUUUCACCUUAUCCUAUGUAUAACAUAAAUUUUCCCCAUUCUUUUUGGAAUGUUUCAUCGCCCUGUUGUCGAAUUGGAAACAACAACAAUUGCCAACAGUAGAAGAGUGGCAGUACAAGGUCAUGGAAUAUGCGGGAAUAGCCAAAUUAAACAGCAGCAUUGCCAUAUAUGGUAAAAUAAAUUUGGAAGUGGACCCACCAAAUGCAGGUUAGGGCCCUGGGUCUGGAAAGCAUGAAACCCUCUCCUUGAACUACUUUCCCUUGUUUUCCCUAGGCAAAUAAGAUUGAAAAAGCUGUGUCGGCUGCUCAUACAUUCCUGCAGAAGAACCCCAAGCACGAGAUGACCCAAAAGUACAUGAACUAUUACAAAACUAUGGUCGAUGUGGACGAGUACCUCAUAGACUUGGAAGCACAGCCCUAUGAGGUGAAUGGAGCAAGGGAGGUUUUCAGGGGUGGCUGGGGAAAGAGGGAGCUUAUUUCCUGGAGCGAGACCACAGUUGGAAGCCUUAUAGGAGAGCUCCGAAAGUCUCCUGGACUCCAGCUGCCAUCAUCCCUUGCCAUUGGCCAUGCUGGCUGAGGCUGAUGGGAAUUGGAGUCCCAACAACAUCUGGAAGGCUUCUAGUUCCCCAUCCCUGCCUUCAAGGGCUUGGAUGUACAAGGGGGCAAAGAAUCAGGUGUUUUUGUGGCAGGCGAAAGGUGCCCAUUGUUAUGGAGGGUGGGCCUGCUGGUUUCUGCAAGCUUCUGUGAGCCAAAAAGAAGACUGAACCAAUCUGUAGUGCUUAUCUGGCUGGAAAAUGAACAAAAUAGGGAGCUGGAUAGAGUUGGAUGUGUAAUGAACAAAGAGAACAUUUUCCCUCUGCCCACAAGUGGCAGAAGUGCAGGAAGGCAAUUUGAUAUUGGAGAAUGACGGUUCAUUCAAUAAAUGGAUUCCUCUCCCAGCUUAAUAUGAUAGUGGACUUGAGUGCAUUUAUUCAGUUUUGUCAAAAACUGUGUUGCAUACAAAGUCAAGUUCUUAUCUAUCUACAGUAUCUGUCCUUACAUUGGCUAGAAUCUGUCUAAAAUUCUGAAAAGCAACCACAGACCAAGUAAGCUUGAGUUAAUAAGGGCAACUUGGGGAGAAAACUACAUAAGGUGCUUAAAUGUCAUGGUACUUUUUGAGGAACCCAGAAAACUAACUCUGAGAAGUUAGAAUCCAAUGAACAUCUGGGAUCUAGAAGGCACCAUGAACCCCCUUUCCAUGUUAUUUCCAUGUGGAGGCAAAAAUGUUUAAAGCGGGCUCAGGGUUGCCAACCCCCCAACUACCAAGAGAGCCUCCUCUGUCGAUCUUAACACCUGAUAGGCUCUGUGAGGAAGAAGGUAUUUAGAUAUUUGGGAUCUACAUCAUUUAGGGCUCUAAAAUACUAAUGUGAGCACAUUGAAUGGGCCCAGAAACAAACUGGCAACCAACUCAGCAUUUUUAAAACAGGCUACAUUGUUGGGCCGUUGUUGGUUUUAGUUUUGUUACCGAAUUUCAAUAAUUGGGGGCUGGCUGGCUGUUUUCUGGUUUGCCACUGGUUUAUCUAUUUGCUGUGUUCUGUACGCUGCAGAUCCCUUCAGAACACCUCACAGAAAAUGCUUUGUGAAUGAAUAAAGAAUAAUAAUAUAUAUGUAUGUUUUUAUCUUGUGCUGUCCGCCUUGGAAGGCCUUUGGACUUACAAAAUGACAGCCUAAACCUAUUUUAAAUUAAGAGAAGAAAAAGAAGGCUCAAUGGGGCUUCACCAUUUUAUGGCCAUUCCUUGUUAAGUUCCAGGUCUGUGGGCUUCUUUGUUUAACCUGACCUGCCAGUCUCCCUCCUCCCUGUUUUCAGACUGUUUUUGUGAGAGCGGUGAAACUUUACAACGCUGGAGAUUUCCGGAGCAGCAUUGCUGACAUGGAGCAUGCCCUGUCUCAGUACUACAAGACCUACGAGAACUGCUUGACUGGCUGCGAAGGCAGCUACGAACUUCGUGAAUUUAAGGAUUUCUACCCCGCCAUUGCAGGUGAGGGCACCAGGGAAGGGGCAGCCAUUAAAGGUAAGGGCAGUGACAGCUGCCAUCACAACAAAGGAAGGCCACUGAGGGAAGGUCAGCUCAGGUAGGCAUGGCAGUCUGUCCUUGUUCUAUUCUGAGCUCUCAUUAGCCUGGUGGUUGUUUCUGGUGGCGUCCAGUGUGGUGCUGUGGUCUAAACCACUGAGCCUCUUGGGCUUGCUGAUUGGAAGGUUGGCAGUUCGAAUCCCCGCAUUGGAGUGAGCUCCCGUUGCUCUGUCCCAGCUCCUGCCAACCUAGCAGUUCGAAAGCACACCAGUGCAAGUAGAUAAAUAGGUACCGCUGUGGCGGGAAGGUAAACUCUGGUUUCCGUCAUGGUGUUCCAUUGCGCCAGAAGCAGUUUAGUGGUGCUGGCCACAUGACCCGGAAAGCUGUCUGUGGACAAAUGCCGGCUCCCUCGGCCUGAAAGUGAGAUGAGCGUCGCAACCCCAUAGUCACCUUUGACUGGACUUAACCGUCCAGGGGUCCUUUACCUUUUACAGGCAUCCACAAACUUAUGUGUGAUCAUUCAUUCUUGUCAUGGUAAACUAUGACUUGGUCCAAGGUCUCAACUUGGCUCAGUCCUUUGAGAGAGCUAAAUGGGAGCCAAACCCAGACAUAUCCAAGGAAAGUGGAAACUGUGGGGUUAGGUAUGGGGAAGUAUACCUGGGCUUCCGGAAAAGUGGGGAGGCUGUUACAGCUGCUAACAUUUGCCUGUUGAGCAAAUUAAAAGUUAGCUGCAGAAGACAAGUCCGUAAAUGGUUACAAAAGGUGAUAAAAUCUCUGGAGCUUCCUAGCUACCUGGCAACCAUCAGUUGAUAUAAAUGUUUAACCUUGUGGAUUCCUUCCUUCCUCUACCCACCCACCCUCCAGAUCACUUUGUCGAUGUCCUGCAGUGCAAAGUAGACUGCGAAACCGACUUGAUCCCAAAUGUAGGCGGCUACUUUGUGGAGAAGUUUGUGGCCACGAUGUAUCACUACCUUCAGUUUGCGUACUACAAGUGUGAGUCCUCAGGGUGGGGAGGAAUGUUGCUUCGGGGAGGGUUGGUUGGGUAACUAGCAGAUUGUUGUGGAAUUCUCUAGUUUAGGAUCUGGCCAGCAUUCCCUCUUCUCCUCGCCCCUAUCCCAGGGCAGAGCUUUCUUGUCCUGUGCCCCACACGUUCCAUUUCAAUCUGCGGAACUGGCACUGUACCAAAAUGCUCAUUCUGCACUUGUAAGUAAUCAAUCUUUUCAGUGUGGCAGCAUCUACACUUUGGAACUCCCUGCCACUUGACACCUUCACUGUGCCUUAGAUGUUGACAUGUGUGUUUCGUUUUUGUUUUUUUUUUACUGUUAAUUAAGCUUAUCUUUAAAUGUAUUUUUUUUAAAAAUAUAUAUAUUUUUAAAACCUGGCUUUUAUUUUUUUAAGUGAUUUUUCCAUCGAAACAAAAACAACAAGAAACAAUCAAGAAAAUAUUUUCACCCACGUUAAAUGCGUAUAUGAGAAUUUCCUCUGCCGCAUUAACUGGCUUUUUAUUAUUGUAAUCUUUCUUGUAAGCUGCUUAGAGGCUUUACUGGAAUCAAGCAGUAUAUUUUUUUUAUUAAAAAAAAAAAAAUUAAAGGAAAAACGAAAAAUCACCCAAGCUGCAGAAUGCCACCAGCAUAACAGAAGAUAAAAAUAGUCCACCAGGUUUAUCAGAUUCCGAACAUCUUAAGAGAAUUAGAGUUUCCUAUUCCUCCACUCAUUGUGGCAUCCCAAUCUCUCUGAUGUUUUUGCAAUUCCCAGAGUGGUUUGACAGUCGAUCCCUGUAUCCAUGAAACUCUGGGAAGUGUAGUUCUGCGAUACAAAUACAGUGGUACCUCAGGUUAAGUACUUAAUUCGUUCCGGAGGUCCGUUCUUAACCUGAAACUGUUCUUAACCUGAAGCACCACUUUAGCUAAUGGGGCCUCCUGCUGCUGCCGCACCACCAGAGCACGAUUUCUGUUCUCAUCCUGAAGCAAAGUUCUUAACCUGAAUCACUAUUUCUGGGUUAACAGAGUCUGUAACCUGAAGCGUAUGUAACCUGAGGUACAGUGGUGCCUCGCAAGACGAAAUUAAUUCGUUCCGCAAGUUUUUUCUUCUUGCGAGUUUUUCGUCUUGCGAUGCACGGUUUCCCAUAGGAAUGCAUUGAAAAUCAAUUAAUGCGUUCCUAGGGAAACCGACUUCAGACCAGGUCCGGGGACAGUCUGUCCCCCGACCUCUUCUGAAGGCUGGGGGGGACGACAAGGGCUUUUCUUCCCACCCCAGCAUUUUAAAAAACCCCGGGACAGCGGAGGGCUUCUCCGCUGUCCGGGGCGAUCUUAAAAUGCUGGCGGGCGGCAUUUUAAAAUUGCCCCGGGACAGCGGAGGACUUCUCCGCUGUCCGGGGCAAUCUAAAGCCCCUGGGAAGGCAGGCAGGGGGACAAAGACUUUGCCCCCGCCAGCCUUCAGAAGAGGUCCUGGACCUCUUCUGAAGGCUGGCGGGGGCGAAAGUCUUGUCCCCCCACCUGCCUUCAAAAGCUGUCCAGCCAAGGCUUCGCGGACCUCUCCGCAAGCAGCGGCAGCGCUGCCGCAGCUUGCGGAGAGUUGCCGCCACGCCGACCCCGGCGCGCGCAGAGAACAGCGCGCCCACGCCCCGCGGACCUCACCGCGAGCAGCGGCAGCGCUGCCGCGGCUUGCGGAGAGUUGCCGACAUGCCGAAGCCUGCGCGCGCUGAGAUCAGCGCGCCCAGGCUUCGCGGACCUCUCCGCGAGCAGCGGCAGCGCUGCCGCUGCUCGCGGAGAGUUGCCGGCAUGCCGAAGCCUGCGCGCGCUGAGAUCAGCGCGCCCAGGCUCGCGGACCUCUCCGCGAGCAGCGGCAGCGCUGCCGCUGCUCGCGGAGAGUUGCCGGCAUGCCGAAGCCUGCGCGCGCUGAGAUCAGCGCGCCCAGGCUUCGCGGACCUCUCCGCGAGCAGCGGCAGCGCUGCCGCUGCUUGCGGAGAGUUGCCGGCAUGCCGAAGCCUGCGCGCGCUGAGAUCAGCGCGCCCAGGCUCGCGGACUCUCCGCGAGCAGCGGCAGCGCUGCCGCUGCUUGCGGAGAGUUGCCGGCAUGCCGAGCCUGCGCGCGCUGAGAUCAGCGCGCCCAGGCCUCGCGGACCUCUCCGCGAGCAGCGGCAGCGCUGCCGCUGCUCGCGGGAGAGUUGCCGGCAUGCCGAAGCCUGCGCGCGCUGAGAUCAGCGCGCCCAGGCUUCGCGGACCGGAGAUUUCCCUAUGGGCUUUCGUUUUGCGAAGCGCCUCCAAAACGGAAAACCCUUUCGUCUAGCGGGUUUUUCGUCUUGCGAGGCGUUCGUCUUGCGGGGCACCACUGUACCACUGUAGGUUCUCCUGACAGCUCUCAGCACCAUUAACAAACUCCAGUUCCCAGAAUGCUUUGGCUGUUAAAGUGGUAUAAUAGUGCUUUAAACAUAUGUUGCAGAUAUAUCCACAGUUGCAUCUAGGUGACGUCAUAGACUGAGACGUUGCCGGGGGCAGGGGUGGGAUUAGAACACCCAGAGUAACCUAUCGGUAGGGCCAGCUGGGGCUAAAAUUACUUUGGGGGCUAGAUCUUGGCUCACAACAUGCCAGCUGGCCUAGAGGACAUUUUUAUCCCUGUCUUUCUCUUCUCCCUUACCCCUUUACCUCGCUCCCAAAUGAUGUGUAUGUUACAUUAUGACUUAUUUAUAUACUGCGUUUUGGGCCAAAGCCCCCCAAAGACGUGACCAGCACAUUUCUGCAAAAAAACACAAACCAAUCGAAACAAUAUAAAAUAGCAAAAUCACCAAAUGCUGCCCACCAGUCAUCCUUGAUAUGAAGGUGGGAGCUGCGUUCAUGCUCUUGCCAACAGACAAUGGGUGAAUGAAGUGCUUCUCCCACUAAUUUGGUCUCUCUCUCUCUCUCUCUCUCUCUGCACAGUGAAUGAUAUCAAGAAUGCCGUGCAGAGUGUGGCCAGCUAUAUGCUCUUUGACCCUGGGGAUGAGGUCAUGCAGCAGAAUCUGGUCUAUUACCGCUUCUAUCGGGAGCGCUGGCACCUGGAGGAAGGCGACUUCAACCCACGGACGGUAAGGGCGUGACUAGGGGGCUGGCUUAAGGAGUAGCCUAUUGCAGCAAAACCAAAUGUACCGUAUUUUUCGCUCUAUAAGACGCACCAGACCACAAGACGCACCUAGUUUUUAGAGGAGGAAAACAAGAAAAAAAUAUAUUCUGAGUCUCAGAAGCCACAAACAGCAAGAGGGAUCUGGCUUCUGGGAUAGCCUCUUGCUGUCCUGGCUUAUGGGAUAGCCGUGCGCAGCCUCCCCCAGGCAGCAGGAUAAAGGCUUCCCCUGCCUAGAAGGGGCUGCGCGCAGCUAAGGCAGAAGACUCCCCCAAGAGCCACGCUCCCUUUAAAGAGCCACGUGGAGCGUGUGUGUGGCUCUUGGGGGCUUUUCCCCGAGAAGGGACUGACGGACUGGAGCCCACACACGCUCCACGCAGCUCUUUAAAGGGAGCGCUGAGCAGAGCCUCCCGCCUGCAUUCGCUCCAUAAGACGCACACACAUUUCCGCUUACUUUUUAGGAGGGGGAAAGUGCGUCUUAUUGAGCGAAAAAUACGUUACAUUAAGUUUCCGACAUCCCAGAGAACGCUGUCCCUUGGCGUUAAAAAUACAGAGUGGUUGAGGCAACCCAGCCAGAUGGGCGGGGUAUAAAUAAUAAAAUUAUGAUUCCAUAUUAAAUUAGAAAUUGUGCAACCUAUUGUGCAGAGCAACUCAUUGUGCAUUCUUAUGCACAUUCUGCCCAUUUUUUUCUGCUUCCUCUUGUCACAAGGAGGGCCAAAGAUCAGCCCCAUGACCACUGGAAACCUCGGAAGCCCCUUUGGAGAUUUCAGCAGCUGUUGGCUCCAGACUUUCAAGUCAUUUGGUCUUGAAGCUUCCUUCCUUUUAAAAUGAAAGCUAAGAUCCGGGCUUCUGUGCUCAGAUGUACAGUGCCCAGAGCUGAAUUAACAGAGCGGCUGGGAAAGUGCUUUCAUACUUAGAAUUGCAGAGUUGGAAGGGAACCCCUUCCAGCACAAGAAUCUUUUUCCCAGAGUCAGACUCGAACCCACAGCCCUGAGUCUCGUGCUCUGCCUAUGGAGCUUAUCUCCUUGGUGGGCAAAGCCUCUUGUCAGGUAGCUGAGGGGGGAAGGGGCCUCCCUUCCCACCCUACCAUCCUCCGACGACUGACUUCUGUUUCAUUCACAGGAGGCCUUGCGCUACCACAACCAGACAUCUGCUCAGAAGAAGCUCUUGGAGUUUGCCAGGCAGUAUCUCCAGCCAGAUGAUGAGGUGAGAGGCCAUGAGGCCAGAGGCAGGAUGACACGGCGGCUGCCAGAAUGCUUCAUGAGAGAGGCCCAAGCUCAUAUCCUGGCUUCUUGGGUGGCUUGGGGCCAGAAACACACACACACACACACACACACACACACACACACAAAAUCUCUGUCUAAUGUGAACCCAGGGAUGGGUAACCUCAGGGCCUCCCCAUUUUACCCACCAGGCUAUUUUGACCAAGCCAUGCCUACCUGUCAGAGGUGAGAGGCAGGUAAAGGCUGGGUCGAAAAGGUAACUGCAGGAACCGCCGAUCAACUGACCUAACCUACGCCACAGGAAGAGCAGUGGGGAUAGGAAGGUGAUAGGCCAGGCAUUCCCGAGCUACGGUUCGCAGACCACUAGGGGUCCAUGAGCUGCAUUCAGGUGGUCUAUCAAAAAAUAAAAUUAAAUAUGGUUUGAAAUCAGGCAGAAUCUAGCCCAGCACCAUAAAACGUGAAAUAGAAGCAGGCAUUCAGUUAUCUUAUUCCUAAACGGGAAAAUGCAUAGCAAAAACAAGUCCUGUAGCACCAGCAAAGUUUGCAGAUUUAUUGUGUGGCAAUGGUCCCAUCAGAUCUACCAAGGUGUUGGAUAUUAUUUACACGUGGGAAUAUACAUACAAAACUAAUGUGGCCUGCAACAGAAUGUCAUAGUGUGAAGUACCGUUCAGGAAGACAGCCAUGCCUUUUCUAAGUUAUUCCCUUUCUCCUCCUUCUCUUCUUCUUCUCUCUCUCACACAAAUUCUCCAUGUUUCUUCUAAUUGGGGUUUUCCAAAGGCAGCUGAUAUUUCUCUUGAGGCUUGAUGGCCACCUGAGUAUCAGCACUUGGAGAAUGAGUUCACUAUUAGCAUAAAGGAUACAGACGCAAUCAUGAUUUCACUGCCCGGGCAUCCAGAGAAGCCGACUCCUUUGAGUUCCUUUGAGUCUUGCUCAUCUCACAAACAUCUGUAAACGAUCUUAGGUGAUUUAUGGAGUUCUUACUUUACAUACAGGAAAUGGUAGGAACAUCGUUUUGUUUUCUAAUUGAUCAUAGCUUGGUACGAUGCUACCUUUUUUUCUAAAAAAAAGAAAGAAAAAGGUUGGCAACCUUGAUUCGUAGAUAAUGUUUUGCUAUAAAUAUAUCACACCGCUCGCCUAUACAGUGGUACCUUGGAAGUCGAACGGAAUCCAUUCCAGAAGUCCAUUCGACUUCCAAAACGUUCGGAAACAAAGGUGCGGCUUCUUAUUGGCUGCAGGAAGCUCCUGCAGCCAAUCAGAAGCCUCGUCAGACGUUCGGGUUCCAAAGAACGUUCGCAAACCGGAACACUCACUUCCGGGUUUUCGGCAUUCAGGAGCCAAAACGUUCAACUCGCAAGGCGUUCAGGAUCCAAGGUACGACUGUACUAGGAGGAGUCAUCUCAGUUCCAAUCGACCUCCACCUUGCCACAGCUUCUAAGAUUACAUCAGGCAUUAUCCGUGUGAUUUGAAGACUUUUUGACAGUCAUAUGGACUGGAAACUUGGUAAUCUUUUGAUACGGGAGUCUAUGCCCAGUUUCCUCAUUCUGUGGAAGCAGCACACACUCUGCCCUCUCAAGCUGUUAUGCUUUGUGUGACAUCUCCUUUCCUCCCUCAGGCGGAGGUGAGCGAUGGUGAGGAGAGAGCGAAGGAUCCGGCUCUGCCAUCGGAUGCUGAGUUCGAGGGCAUGGGUGACUACGAAGAAGGGUUUUUGUCCCAGUGGUGGCAGGAGCCAAAAUCGAAAGGCGACAAGGCCGACCAAGGUUAUUAAUAGCAACGUUGAAAGGCCGGACCUUUCUCCCUACUGUGUGGCUUGGUCCUGUGUCCACACUCCUACCCUCCCUCCUGGAUUCCUUCACACCCUUUCCUGUUUGGCAUUGCACCCCCCCUCCUCUCUGUGUCUCCAGUGUGCCGCCUCUGCUCCCAUCCAUGUGUGUCUGUCCAGCCGUUCGCCUGCCGACAACGCUAAGCUUGGCUCUAGAGCUCAGGCAGCUCCCAGAAGGCAUUGCAAAGAGCGUUAGAAGGAUAGGAAAGGAGAGAGCUGUUGUGGCUCCCCGGUGGGUUGGCGCCGAUUCUCCUGCAUGCCCCGCCCCUUCCUCUUGCGUCCAAGUUCCGGAGCUGGCAGGUGGACUCUUGUGCAUGCUGCAUGGAUCCUGGAGGGGGCAGCAGUGAGCACGCGCAUUGUGGCAUGACUUCGCUGGAGGGUGCAAGCAGCAUUUUGGCAAGUAUAGAUGCACCUGCAAAGGCUGAGGACGGACUCCUUUAAUGCACUGUGUUCUUUGUUCACAGAGACAGAGGGGCUCGAAUGAGCGAUGUGGUCCCUGCAUUCCUCUGUAGGUGAGGGGUGCGUGUUCUGAUUCCUUGCGCCCACCAGGGUUGAAGUGGGCUGUCUGGAACCGGCAGAUGCGCCCCUGAUGGUGUUCCAACAAGAUCCCUGCCUUGGGAACCUCACCCUCCUGGCCCUUGUUUAAGAUUCUUCCAAGGCUGGGGGUCUUCUACCUCCCAGUACCUCCUGCAUAGAAUUUUCCAGUCCACCCCAAACGCAGUUGGCUGAGCAUGGGGUGCCUCUGAGCCAAUCCAAGGUGCUGUGUUUUUCCCCCAUGGUACUUCACUUUAGGAGAGCCCUGCUUCGUAACAAACCUCCAUGCAAAAGUGGGAGAGGUGACCAGCACAGCGUCUGCUUCUGGUUUCACCCUGGGCUCUGCCAGUGUGACCUCAGAUAUGCUGGGUGCCAGUGACUUUGGCUAUUCAGGCAAACACACACACAGACACACGAUAGUGAUCUAUCCAGCUGGGUAUUUUUAGUGCCACUGAUUUUCCAACAGGACCAAAUUUAAGCCAUUGACCCUUUCCUCACAGAACAUUGGCUCUCUUAAGAACCAGGCUCCCAGAAUGCAUUGCUCUGUUUUUGCCUGGUACUGACUGUUCAGAUGGUGCGCUAGACCUCAGCAGGCACUGGCUCCCUUCUGACAUGGUUCUAAAACAGAGCGAUAGGUACGUUCAAAUUGGCUUGUCAAGUGCUUUCUUAAACCUCACAGAGUUGCCUUUGUAAUGUUGUUGUCAGUUAAUUUAAUUUGUUUUGUUUUUCCUUGCAUUGUACAGAUUUCUUUUUGUUAUAAUUUUAGCUGGAUUUUAAUAAAAUACCUCCCAGUUCUUUUAUGACUGUCUUCUGAGCAUGUUGGUUCUUUU